GCCGGUCGGGGAAGCGACACACCACACAGCCUUGCCCCCUUCUCCUGCCACUACACUAUCUCUCUCUCUCUCUCUCUCCUCCCACACAAUACACAGUCGUCGCCAGCGUUGCUUCACUCAGAAUACGUAAGACCUCCACACAGUGUAUAUAUGGAGAGUGUGGUGUGGUGUGGUGAUGGUGUUGGUGUUGGUGAAUUUGGCAGGAGUGGAGCUUGGUGGAGGUUGGGUUGGGUUGGGGCUGUAAAGACGCGGCAAAGGCACAGAAGCCAGAAGCAGCACUCGUGCCCCGUCCCCCGUUCCCUUCAACUUCUCAAACCCGCCAAGACAAAGCCCUUCCGGCAAUCUCAGGCGAACUAAAAACAGCGCACGACCUCAGGUACCUACGCAAAGGCACAUGCAUGCAUCAAGGGUUCCAGUCCAGCCUUCUCUUGCCACACACACACACACACUACUAAUCCACAUUCGCAACAACUGUCUCACCCCGAUUCACAUUCGACCACACUGUUUGCUUGCUUGCUUGCUUACCCUAUC